UUCGUCGUUUUUUUUGCGCCGCAGCCUUGCCGCUAAUUCCGCUCAUCAUCUUCGUUCGUUUCCGUCACCAUCGCAGUCCAAUUUGAAGGUUAGUUCCCUCUUCCCCGUUCUCAUGGCGUCUUCUGAUUCCAAUCCUUCCACCACCGCUGUCAACUCAGCGGUGGUUUGCUUUGAAGAAAUGUACCGUCAAGAUCCCUCCCUCCGCCCCGACGGCUUGAUGGGAGGAAUUGACCAUUCUAGGGUUCUAAGUGCGGUGCCUCUCCGUACGUCCGUCACCGUGGCGUCGUCGUCUCAGGCGGCGCCCUCGAAGAAGAGAAAGAAGAAAACAAAAACGGUUCAAAGGAAGAACCCGAGAUCCUUACCCGUUACCGCACUGGAAACGGGUCCGAUUACAAAUACGGGUUGUCUUCUGUUGGACAUUGACUUUGACGAGGCGCUCCGCUUCGUGGGAGAUGGCUACGUGGUGCGCCGACCGCACACAACCAACCAUGUCUUCUCAGUGACCUACCCCGACGCCGAGGUCGGGGUGCAUGUGGCGUCCAUGCGCUACGGCCUUCGCUUCCCUCCUCACGAUCUGAUAGUCCAAUUUCUGAACUUCUACAAUCUUCUGCCGGGUCAGCUCAGUCCCCACUCCUACUACUGUUUCUCAAUCUUCCUGAUUAAGUGUCACCAGAGGGGAGUCCCCUGGUCUUUGGAUUUGUUCCGUCAUAUGUUCAAGAUUUCCAAAGUAGGGGCGCUUGAAGGAAAUUCGUAUGCCGUCGUUUCUUCCCAGGCCGAGUGUGGCAUGGCCGUCUUUCCCUCAUCCUUGAAACUCUGGAAGGCCAAGUUCGUCUUCAUUUCUGGUUUUCCCGGGGGCCGGCAUCCCUUUCAAGCCAGGUUCCCCGCCUGUCAUACGUUCAUUCGUCAUCCUCGUCCCCGGGCCACUCCCGAGCUUUGCGCACACAUGCAGAAACUCUUGGAGGACUGCCGGCCGAAACCGCCCCACGUGUACACGAUCUGUACGGAAAAGAAUUUGGCGGGGGUGGGGAUGCUUAUCUCCCUCGAGCGUCAGUUCGACUCUCAAUGAAAGCACCAAUGUUGGGUUAUGGAACCCGGGGGCCUAGGUAACUAGGCGGACGAGUAUCGAACUAAGUACGGGCGCACAAAGUAUGAGGG